CACACACACACACACACACACACACAACACACACACACACACACACAUGCAUGCACACACACGCUGCUGCAGCCACACCAGCGUCUGCCGUCCACCGUCAGCUCCCAGAAUCCCCUCCUGCAUUCAGAAAAAACGUUUUUAAGCCUUUGCAUUUUAUUUCCCUGAUCACUGAGCUGCACUCAACAGAAAGAGAAGAAGAAGAAGAAGAAGAAGACGAGGAAGUGCAGGAAGCCGGCUGCCUCUACUGUCUGCUCCUUUCUCCUCACCCUCCCUCCUCUCUCUCUCUCUCUCUCUCUGCCUCACACAAAUCCUCAUCUCAUCCACACCCAAGGAUCCCCUCCCUGCCUCUCCACCUCUGUCUCUCCCUCUCUCUCUCUCUCUCUCUCUCUCUCUCCCUCUCUCUCUCUCACACCACUCCUUCUCCUCAUACCCCCUCAACCCCUACAACCACAGUUUUUCGUUCCUCUGGGGUGGGGAUGCUCGUCUGACCCCGUUUCUUUCCGCUCUGAGACUUUUUUUUUCGUGGAUGCUCUAAUAUCUGAUUCACCCCGGCUCUGGUACUUUGUUGCUUGCUACCUGUGGAGGUUCCCUGGUCCCUUCUGGUUCAUCCUCUGCCGUCUGUCGCACAGAGCGCAGCCCCACUGAGAGGCGCCAUGCUGGGAGUGGAUGUGUGUGAGUUUGGGGGUCAGGUGCUGGAGCUGCUGUGGCUGACUAUGUGCUACAGAGGUCUGGUGGCUGACAAGAAGGAUUUAGCUAUCGAGGAGGUAGAGGACGAGAGAAACCUCAACUAUAAUCCUCCGGCUCAGAAGACUCUGCAGGAGAUCCAGGACCUGGACAAGGACGACGAGAGUCUGGUCAAGUACAAGCAGACCCUGCUGGGGAUGGGACCACUGGCAGGAGACGCCUCUGGGCCCAAUGUCUGUGUGACCAGGAUGACCCUGUUAUGUGACCAGGCUCCUGGACCCAUCACCAUGGACCUGACAGGAGACCUGAACUCUCUGAAGGAGAAGAACUUCUCAGUGCAGGAAGGAGCGAGAUACAGACUAAAGAUUCACUUUAAGGUGAACCGAGAAAUUGUUGCUGGCUUGAGGUACCAUCAUGUGACGUCCAGAAAAGGAGUAAAAGUGGACAAGGUGUCGUACAUGGUGGGAAGUUACGGCCCAAAGCCAGGGGAGUACGAGUAUCUCACCCCGGCUGACGAAGCACCCAAAGGCCUGAUGUCACGUGGCCACUAUCAGAUCAAGUCCUACUUCAUCGACGACGACAAGAACGUCUUCUUGUCCUGGGAGUGGAACCUCGACAUCCUAAAGGACUGGAACGAAUAGAGGGGAGAGAGAGAGAGAGAGGAGGAUGAUGCUGCUCUCUUCCCUCCUCUAACUCCUACUCUUCACCUCCCUCUUUUCUUUACACCGCCCAAAACUGGAGGCUCUACCUCUGCCUCCUCCUCUUCCUCCCUGUUCUCCUCUUCUACUUUUUCUCCCCUGUCUGUUUGAUGCAGGUCCCAUGAAACCUGUGAGCAACUGGGACGUUUAAAGGAGAGAAUCCUUCCUUUCUCUAUUAACUCCGGGUUGUAACUGCAUUUUAAAGUUAUCCACAUGAAGGAGUCUUCCUUCAGUUUAACUUUCAGUCUCCUUCCUCCUCAUACUGUUAUAUUUCCAGGGGCCCGAGCUGAGAGGGGGACCCCAAGAACCCCCUUAAAUACUAUAAUGGGUAUGUACAGUAGACUGCGACAACCCCGUGGUCAGAACCCCCCACGAGGCCCUUGCCUCUAUCUUUCUGCCAAAAGCUUCGUAAUUUUAGAGGUUUGGAUGGAGACGAAAACUGUAUCAUGUAUCAUGUGUUUCUUAGCGAGAGGGUCCAUUUUGGUUUUAUGUAGGGUCCCCUCAGGUCCCUUUAAACGCCCCUGCAUGUUUCCAUAUGUUCAUACAGCAGCAGGUGAUUAAAGGAAAUCAGUUCAGGCACAAAGGGAAGAACAAUAUACAUAUGAUUUAAGGGAUAGUUCACCGAAAAAUGAAAAUUCACUCAUUAUCUACACACCACUAUGCCGGAGGAGUGGGUGAAGUGUUUGAGUCCACAAAA